AUGGCUGCAAAGAAACCGAUUGCGGUAGUUAUUGGUGUCGGUCCAGGCUUAGGAGCAUCAUUGGCCAGACGAUUUGCUACCGGUGGUUAUUCUAUUGGACUCAUUGCACGAAAUGAAAGCAAUUUAGAAACAUUACAAAAAGAACUUGAACAACAGGGUCAUACAGUUUUGAGUGUGAAAGGUGACGCAAGUGAUGUUUCAUCGAUCAAAAAUGCUUUCAAUACCAUUCGAACAAAGCUUGGCGACGAUCCUGAAGUUUUACUUUACAAUCCAAGUGGAUUUAUUUACAAAAGUAUUUUGGAUUUGAAACCGGAAGAACUUCAAAAUGCAUUGAAUAUCAGCGUCGUUGGUGCUUUAGCAGCUAGCCAAGAGGUUUUGCCGGCAAUGGUUAAAAAUGGAAAAGGAACAAUUUUAUUCACAGGUGCCACAGCCAGUCUUCGCGGUUCAUCGAAAUUUGCUUGUCUCGCUGCGCCAAAAUUUGCUCUUCGUGCUUUAGCACAAUCAAUGGCACGUGAGUUGGGUCCACAAGGUAUUCAUGUCGCUCAUGUUAUCAUCGACGGCCAAAUCAAUACGCCUCGACAAGUUAAAGAUCAACCUGACAAGGAUAUCGAUUCGUUUUUAAAUAGCGAUGCGAUUGCUGAAACAUAUUGGCAAUUACAUGUUCAACCUCGGUCAACAUGGACCCAAGAACUUGAUGUCCGCCCAUAUGUAGAGAAAUUUUAA